AAGAUCACUUGAUCAUAUUAAUUUUCAAGUCGUGAUUGAAAGCAGCUUCAACGCGCACGUAUACAUAUCACUUUUUCACAAGUCAUUUGUGUCAAAUCUUUGAAUCUUUCAAGGAAAUGAUAUGAAGAAUGAUGACAUUCUUCAUAAUGACGCCAAACGAUUUCUUUGCCAUUAUACGUUAUCGGAGGGAUCGUAGUCGCGACUGUACUUUUGACCUGCUGUUGCACACUGUUCGUGAGGAAUAAAUGCGCAAGACUUUUCAACAAACUUACGGGCAGAAGAAAGAAGGAGUCAGUAUAAGAUAAGAGUGUUGUUAGAUAUUUUGGUUCUACAUUGACCCUGCGAAGAAAUUCUUGACGAAGAAAAACUUGAAGGGCCAAUGGAGAAUCUCGAAAGACCUGGGAUUAUAUACAGAUCUUAUUGCCUUUUAAUAAUAGAAAUGUGACUCGCAAUAACCAUUUGUAGCACCAAGGUAAGGCAAUAGUCCGUAUAAUAUUAUAUCUCGAAAUUCUUUAUUGUGAUUCUUCAAGUAUUGACAGUAUUUGCAGGAUCAAUGUAGAAUUAAAAUUUUAGCUUGGCUAAAAUUGUAAGCUCUCGCUUAUACGAGAAAAGUUUGUGACUCGUCUAUGACUUAUUGAUUUUUCUCGUUUUUUUAUCGUUUUAACACGUUGAUUGCCAUUGAUUCCCGUCGAUUGUACAAAAGCUUACCCGACAAUUGAAUUGACGAUAAAUAAAUGUAAUUCAAUGCACUUGCGUAUUUUUUACCUUGUUUUAUCGAUUCUUUCUCUCUCUCUCUCUCUUUCUCUUGACAAUGUAUAAUCCGGUUUCCAAAUACAAUUGUUUAGUUACAUUGAGAGAGAAAUAAUGGUUGAUUUAAUUAAAAUUAUAGUUAUUUUUUAUUCUAACCAUAUUUUUGGUUGUUCUAACAUGAAAAUAGUAGUAACAUGCAUAUAAAGUUAUUUUAUCAUAAAGUUAUAUCAUCACAAACAUUAUAGUAUUAUAGUAGAAUUUAAUAAAAAAGUAUAAUUGUUUUCUCGAUCAUAAUUUAUAACAAUUUUUCUCUACGUGAUUAUAGUUACAAAACAUUUUUUCUCAGUGUAUAUACGUGACAAAAUGAGACACGAUACUGUCACGGCAUUCAACGCGUUAAUAGCCGUGCGAACGAGAAACGUAUUUGUGCUUCGCCUGUUAAUUAGUCGUGACUCUACAUCUCCUCACACUGGCAGAAAGCGAUCAUGUCCAUACAAUAAAUACGUUUAGAAAAUAUUUCCUUUCUGACAUCGAGGAAGGUCGCAGCAAAGGAGCCGCCAUGAGAGAAUUGCGAAAAAAAAAGAAAAAGGCAAGGGAUCUUGGAUCGCCAAACCACACGCACAUCAACGGCACGGAAGCUGUGGAGCCUAUUGUUCUGCCGCCGUUGCAACCAGAAGAGCUAGAAAAACAAGAAGACGAAUCGCCGAUCACGUGCUACAAGUGUUACAGAAAGAAACAAAGGCGAAAGAGACUCAAGAGACAAAUACGACGACAACGUUAGAAAAAGCGCGAAACAAUUAUAAUGUGACAUUUCUUUUUGUUAAGUCAUUUUAUUUUCUCAACACAGCCAUUUGAUUACUGAUGGUCAGAAGCGAGAAAACACAUGUUCAACAUUCUUUCGAGAAAUAUAUAAAAAUAAAAAGAUACCUUCAUUAAAUGAUUAAUCGAGUAGAUUUGUAGCAUGUUUUCAAAACUUUGUCUUUAUUCUAACAGUCAAUAAAUAGCUGUGACUUUUUUAAUUUUAUGGAUGUUUAUUAAUUAACAGAGCAACAGGAAAAUUUGCAAAAAGUUUUACAACAUAUGUGCUUUAUCGAUCGCAAAUGUUAUUUUAUCAACAUUUAUUUCAACGUAUUUUGCAAGAACUUUGAGCGUAUAUUUUCUCGUUUCUGAUAUCAUUAAUUAAAAGACUACAGCGAAAAGCUAGAAGAGACUUGAAGAGAAAUACAAAUAAAAAGAAAAGAAAACAGCGAUACAAAUAACAACGAAACUACGAUCUUAUGUUUUCGCAUGAUUCGAUUGUCAACGGCGCUCGCAACUGAUAACCUCUUGUUUCGAGAAAAAUGCAGUUUCGAGAAAACGACUUUGCAUAUAUUUUAAUUUAUCUGGCAAUUGGAUAUGUGAAAGUAUACGGGACGAUCGACGUGAAUUUAAGCGAACUGGAGUAUCUCGCAGCACGAUUGGAUCCGUUCGAGUGUCGGCGUUUGAUCGCCGCGCUUCAUUACACCACUUAUAAUCUGCCCCAGAACUUGGCCGCAGCUGAUUUUUUCUUUACGCGAUGUCAAAACUUGUCAAAACGAUACGUUAUACGGUACAUUAUAGUCCGUAUAUUUUUAUGCGGGAAAGAGCGCAAGGUAGACGAGGAAAUUCCAUGUCUUCGUCAGUUGUUGCAUUGGAACGAGCAUCCCGCGGAGGGCAGGGGUAAAACGCAUGCGGCGAUCGUGCAUCGUCUUCGGCAAAUAGGUCGCGACGAUCUUGCCGAUUGGCUAGGUAAAACUGCUUUCAAGCAACUGGGAAAGGAUUUAAACGAUGCCAUCGCGCCAUCCCCCGAAAUGCCGUCCGUCGACGAGCAAACUGAAACCUUACUUAUUUUGACUCUAGAUGAGAUUCCCACAGUUACUUAUUUUGACUCUAGAUGA